UGAAUGUUUUAGUAGAGAGAGAGAGAGAGACUAGUGGGAGAAGGAAGCGCCAGCUCCUGCCAAUCCAUAUGCCUUCACUCCUCACCAGAAAAAUACCCAUCUUCUCAGCUCCAACCCCCUCUUUCUCAUUUCUCUCUGCAACAGCCAUGGUGGAUUCUUUUAUGUUCCAACUACCACGAUCUCUGCUCUUUUGAGUUGCGACUUCUGGCUCUAAAACGAUAGUGUUUUUCCAUUUUUGUUUUUGUCCCCAGUGAGUUCUGAAGAUGAGAUUUGAAGGACAGUGUUAGUGGGUUUUGGUGGGAAUGCGGAUUUGGUGGACCUAACGCUACUGCUGUUUUGUUUUGCGGUAGAAGGAUUGCAGUUUUGACGAGGAACGAGGUGAUUUUUGGUCGUGAAUGGAGAAACAGACGAAUUUGAGGCGGAGGGUUUGAUGGAGGAAGCUGUGUUUUCUGAGAUUCUGAUAUGAUCCUUGAGUCGGUAUGGAAUGGGAUUGUUUGGAUUCUUGCUAUGGGGGUGUGAAGAUUGAGAAAUGUUGAGAAAAUGUAGGUGGGUUGGGAAAAAGUCUAGUCGGCCUUUUUCUGGAAUCCGAAUCUUUGCAUGGAAUUUGGGGUUUAUAGAAUCGACAUUAGAGUUAGGCUGCAUCUAAAUUACAUACUCGUACUGAAUUUUAGCGCUUUUGGAAUCAGCAUAGGUUCAAGAAGUUGAGAUUUGAUGAUAUUGCUAUUUAUUGGUUUUGAUUCAUGAAGAAUUUCCAGUGGUUUAAAAAAAUUUCCAAUAAUGGGAUUAUUGGAAAAUCCGAGGGAAGGCUUUCCCUGGGUGAAUAUAGGCGAGCAGUUUCAUGGUCCAAGUAUUUGGUGUCAUCUGGUGCUGAGAUAAAAGAAGAGGGGGAGGGAGAUUGGAGCGCGGAUAUGUCUCAGCUGUUCAUAGGGUGUAAAUUCGCUUCAGGCCGGCACAGUAGGAUUUAUAGAGGGAUAUACAAGCAGAGGGAUGUGGCGAUUAAGCUCAUAAGCCAGCCCGAGGAAGACGAGAGCCUGGCUAAUUUGCUUGAGAAGCAGUUUACUUCGGAGGUUGCUUUGCUGUUUCGCCUGCGGCAUCCUAAUAUCAUCACUUUUGUUGCAGCAUGUAAGAAACCUCCUGUGUUCUGUAUAAUCACCGAGUACUUGGCUGGGGGCUCCCUGAGAAAAUUCCUCCAUCAGCAGGAGCCAUAUUCAGUUCCAUACGACCUGGUACUGAAAUUUUCCCUAGACAUUGCAUGUGGGAUGCAGUAUCUUCAUUCUCAGGGGAUACUCCAUAGGGAUCUCAAAUCAGAAAAUCUACUACUUGGGGAAGAUAUGUGUGUGAAGGUGGCAGAUUUUGGUAUCUCAUGCUUGGAGACUCAAUGUGGCAGUGCAAAGGGAUUUACAGGAACUUACCGUUGGAUGGCUCCGGAAAUGAUCAAAGAAAAACACCAUACAAAGAAAGUUGAUGUUUACAGUUUUGGCAUAGUCCUAUGGGAGCUUUUAACUGCAUUGAUACCAUUUGACAAUAUGACUCCAGAACAGGCUGCUUUUGCAGUCUCCCAAAAGAAUGCAAGGCCACCAUUAGACCCUGCAUGCCCUAUGGCAUUUCGUCACCUCAUCAGCAGAUGCUGGUCAAGCAGCGCAGACAAGCGUCCCCAUUUUGAUGAGAUUGUUUCGAUUCUUGAAAGUUAUUCAGAGUCUUUUAAGCAAGAUCCGGAUUUUUUCUCAUCCUACAAACCAUCCGAUGAUCAUGCUUUUUUGAGAUGCUUACCAAAGUGUAUUGCUGCCCGAAGAUCUUCUGCUUCUUUGGAAGCCUAAGUACCAUUCUGAAAUUAUGUGUGAUGCCAAGUGUACCAUAUUCUUUUUUUUUUCUUUUUUCCUUUUGGAGUGUAGGUUUAUAUGUUGAAUUAUGAUUAUGGACUCUCUCAUGCUUCUUUUUUCAGAAAUUUUGAAACAGAAACAAUUCUUGGUUGGUAUGCUAAUGAUGACAUACUAGCCUCUCCUGUACUUUGUUUUCCUUCUGCAGUAUGGUAGCAUGAAGGUUGGAAUUUAUGAAAAGACUUCUAUUAUCUGAA